AAAAUCACAUGACAGCUGAAAUUACUCCAUCUUUAACGUCAACCAGCUACGGUCUGUCUGUUGAUUUUGUCUUUCAGUUUCAUUACAAGAAAAAUGCCAUUCUGCGGCCCAAAGUGUUCUCUGUGUUGCACAAUUGUGAGCGUGUGGGGAAUCGUUCAAUUGGUGCUGAUGGGUGUAUUCUUUUACACCCACAGUGUGGCCCUAGCUGAAGACUUGACACUUGAAGAGCAUUACAGUGAUCUGGAUACAUUUUACAAAGAUGUUAAUGCCAGCUAUGAACAAAAUGCAUACAACUGUUGGAUAGCUGCACUCAUUUACUUAGUUACGUUGUGUGUCUCUGUUCACCAAUUUUGGCUAAACAAUCGCGUUUCUUAUCAAGUUUAAAUUAUGGUUAACCCAUUUCUUGAGGAAGCUACUGGCCGCGCGGGAUUUACCAUUUUAUUAUAGCCUAAGUGUUGUAGAUCAUUGUCAUUUAACAUUCCUGUGUAAAUAUAUAAUGUCCGUCAAUUAAUAGACUUAUUCUUUGGGCCAGAA